CUUCCGGUGUGGGCGGAAGGGGGACGAUGGAGGGUCAGGGGUCACAGGCAGCAUGGCCGCUGCUGGAGGCGGCCUGGGAGCCCUGGGGGCCGGGGAAGCUGUGGCAGCAGCCCAUGCGUUGUCCCUGCCAGCUGAAGCCUAUGGCAAUGAUCCCAACAUUGAAAUGAUCUGGGCCAUGAAAGCAUAUCAGCACGCUGAAGUCUAUUUUAAUCUUAUUUCCUCUGUUGACCCCAAGUUCCUGAAACUUACAAAAGUCGAUGACCAGAUCUAUGCUGAGUUCAGGAAAAGCUUUGGUGACCUCAAGAUCGAUGUGCUUGAUCCAGAGGAGCUCAAAUCGGAACCAGCCAAAGCGAAAUGGCGCCCCUUCUGUAUGCAGUUUGAUGGAGUAGUUGAAGACUUCAACUAUGGCACCCUGCUCCGUCUGGACUGCACUAAGGACUACACGGAAGAGAACACAAUAUUUGUCACCAGGAUCCAGUUCUUUGCUAUUGAAACAGCUCGUAACAGAGAGGGGUAUAACAAUGUUGUUUACAGCCAGGCCAUGGAGACAAAGUCUGUUGCUGCAGAGAGGGGAAUAUCUGCAUGAGGACUGGGAUGGAAAUAUUUUGUCACUUUACUAGCCACGCAUGGAGAUGGACAGGAAAGGUGAGGAGGAAGAUUCCCUGGUGCCAGGAGCAUUCCUAUUAAUUGUUUAAAGUGGACUCUUACCCAGGAGAGGCACAUGAAUUCAUGGUGGAGGGAUAGAGAACAAAGCAAGACUCUGCCCACUUUGGGCCUGGACAACUUGGCUUCAAUGUGAGAAUUUGUUUGUGGUGCUCUUAGGGCAGCAUUUCUGCCAUGUUAACUACUAAGCACCCAGUAAAUAAAUGUGUGUGCGCGCGUCAUGGCUUAA